AUGAGCCAGCAGGAUGUGGUCGCUGUGCUUUCAGAACGCCUGCUCGUAGCUGCCUACAAAGGCCAAGUGGAGAAUGUGGUGCAGCUUAUCAACAGGGGUGCCAAGGUAGCCGUUACCAAGCAUGGCCGGACUCCCCUGCAUCUUGCUGCCCACAAGGGUCACCUCCACGUUGUCCAGGUUUUGUUGAAGGCAGGUUGUGACCUGGAUAUUCAGGAUGAUGGUGAUCAGACAGCAUUGCACCGGGCUGCUGUUGUAGGGAACACUGAUGUUAUAGCAGCUCUGAUUCAAGAGGGCUGUGCUUUGGACAGACAAGACAAGGAUGGGAACACUGCUCUUCAUGAAGCUUGUUGGCAUGGAUUCAGUCAGUCUGCCAAAGUGCUCGUUAAAGCUGGAGCCAACGUUCUUGCCAAGAACAAGGCAGGUAACACACCUCUUCACCUGGCUUGCCAGAACAGCCAUUCCCAGAGUACUCGUGUUUUGUUACUUGGAGGAUCUCGAGCAGACCUCAAAAAUAAUGCAGGAGAUACCUGUCUGCAUGUGGCUGCUCGUUAUAAUCACUUGCCCAUCGUUAGGGUGCUGCUCAGUGCUUUCUGUUCUGUCCAUGAAAAGAACCAGGCAGGGGAUACUGCACUCCACGUAGCUGCUGCUCUGAAUCACAGGAAGGUGGUUAAGCUGUUGCUGGAGGCAGGGGCUGAUGCAUCUGUUGUCAACAAUGCAGGUCAGACCCCUCUAGAAGUUGCCAGGCAGCACAAUAACCCUGAGGUUGCACUUCUUCUCACGAAAGCAUCGCAGGUCUCGCGCUUCAAUCGUGGAAGAAGCCUGAGGAAGAAGAGAGAGAGGCUGAAGGAGGAAAGGCGAGCUCAGUCGGUGCCGCGGGAUGAAGUGGUGCAGAGCAAGCGGGGCAGCGUCUCGGCUGCUGACGACACACCCAGCAGUGACCAGCCAGCACAGAGGAGGAGUGACCCGAAGGAUGAGCCCCGCUCAACCUCACCAGACCCCAAGGGGAAGAAGAGCAAAAAGAAGAAGCCAAAGGAAAAGGUGUCAGCCCUCUCGGACCCGGUCUCCCCGGCGGACCAGCAGGCGCUGCCGCAGCCCCAGCAGCAUCCGAAGCGCAGGAGCAAACACCGCUGCCCCUCCCCGCCCCCGCCCCACGAGGUCCGAGCCUACCAGCUCUACACGCUGUACCGGGGCAAGGAUGGGAAGGUGAUGCAGGCACCAAUAAAUGGAUGUCGUUGUGAGCCCCUGAUAAAUAAACUGGAGAAUCAGCUGGAGGCAACAGUGGAAGAGAUAAAAGCUGAGUUUGGAACAGUACAAGAUAAGAUGAAUGUUAAGCUGGGCCAGAUGGAAAGCAAAACUCAGCAUCAACUCCGUGUUUUGGACAAGCUGAUGGCUGAGCGGCUGUCUGCAGAGAGAGCAGAGUGCCUGCACCGCCUGCAGCAGCACGCUGAGCUGGAGAAAAACGAGGGGGAGAAGCGGCAGACUUCCUUGGUUGAUGAGCUGAAGACUUGGUGCAUGUUGAAGAUUCAGAAUCUGGAGCUCAAGCUUUCUGGAGAUUCCAGGUCAUCGAGGCCAAAAUCAACUUUGUCCACUUGUGAGUCUUCUGUAGGUACAGAGCAACAGUUAAUCGUUGGUGGUCCAGUCUCUUCUUCUGCCCUUGCUCAAGAUGUCAGGCCAAAGGACAAAGCUGUUAGUGCCAGCACGUUCCACAGGUUCCAGCAGGAGCUGCCCUCCUCUGAGGCUUUGGCCUCCAAAUUAAGACACGUUAAGGUUCAAGCUGCUUUGCAGCCUUUGAGUGAACCUUCGAAGACUGAACCACAGAGUGGCCACUUCAUCGACAAAGGAACUCAGACAAAGAAGUCCAUCAGAAGCAGUCAGUCAAGGCACAAAGCUCUGCAUCACCCGGGGGCACAUCAGAGCCAGGAGCAGCAGCCCUCUGCCCCACCUGCAGGACAGCCUGCCCCAGCACCCAGAGACACCUCCCAGGCCCUGGAGAUAACACAGUACUUCUUCGAGGCUGUUUCCACCCAGAUGGAGAAGUGGUAUGAACGGAAGAUAGAAGAAGCCCGAUGCCAAGCUAAUCAGAAAGCACAGCAAGACAAAGCUGCGCUCAAGGAACACAUUAAAAGCUUAGAAGAGGAGCUCAGCAAAUUAAGGACUAAGGUGCAGAAGGAGAGCUAG